AGUAUGGCAGUAUCAAGAUCUCAUGGUCUCUAACCAAAAAUGUGGAAAAUUUUGAUGGACUGCAUAGAAUGCAGCGGCAAAGUAUGUGCUUGACUCACUGUACGUUACAUUGUUAUUGGUAUCUCUCCAAAGUAGCUUAAGUUGAAUUAGUGGGGUGAUUGAACUGUUAGAUUAACAAGAGAGGCCUUGAUAGUUGGUACCAUUAAGCCAGGGCAGGUUGUACAUGAUUGAUAUGUAUCAUAAUUAUAUUUAACACCGUCACUGCCAAAAUGUACGGACAGGUUACGAGUUUUGCUUCUGGUUGGAGAUGGUAUUUUCCCUGUUUCUGUCUAUCUGUUGCUUAUAACUGACAUAUAGUACUGUUUGGUAAAAUCAUAAUAAUAUUUGGUUCUCUCUUCUCUGCCUUGUUAUUCUGCCUCCCUUGUACAAGAACUAUUGUUGUUGGACGUGUUAGAAUCUUCUAGUAUUCAUUUUCAUUAAGAGUGUUAGGGUGGAUCUUUUUUCUUAGAGAAAAUAAAAAUAAAAAAUACUUGUGAGUUUAGGUAGCAACAUGAGCUCGUGAAUGUAGUUGUGAUAUUACCAAUGUCAGAAUGUAUGAUGACAAAUAAUUCUCUCUUUUCUUUUCCCUCAAAACAAAAGUAACUACUUUGAAUGAUUAGAUGUAGAGCAAUUAGUAUUUUGAAAGGAAAAAUAACUAGCUAAAUAGCAACGGGAAUUGAAGCAUAAAAGUUACAUGUGAAAGAGAACUGACUGAAAGGUAAAUAUUAUCUGAAAUUGAAGCAUGAAACUCGCAUCUAUCUAUAUUUUAGUCUAAUCAGUAGACAGACCAAAUUAUUAUUCUUUUUUCAAUUCGUAGAUAAAGACCACGAGGAAAAUAGGCCAAUUAUUGUGCCUCUGGAUUUGGUUACUUGAAACUGAAGCUGUAUAAGGAAUAUCAUUCGCUUGAUAUUCUUUCAUUACUUUGGCAUUUGUGCCUCCCUAAUCCAUUCAGUGCAGGCAUGGCAGCACAAUCUUAAAUCCUUGUGAGCUCAGCAAUCAAGAGCACAUUCCAUGUGUCAAGAACUCCCGGAAGACACCAAUGGCUGCAAUCCAUGCCAUAAACAGAAGGAUGUAGAUCUUUUCUUUGCUGUGACAGUCUUGUUACAUCGAGCAGAUGUACCCUCUUAUACAUGCUGCCUAUCAUUCUCUCCACUCUCAGUUCAGCUGGAAGCCUUUUUCUUGGAUAUGGUGGCCCAAACAUUGGCCUUGUUUCUUCACGGCAAAACUCCCCAUCAUAGUUCCCCAAUGAUUUAGCACUGGCAAAAUGGCACUAAUGAGAUGUCUAUGCUUGACUGUUUGUUCUUUAUUGUUGAAACAUACAGUAACUGAAGAAUGGUGAUUUUUGUGCCAAUGAAAAACAUGAAGAAACAGGUAAAUGGUCUUUAACUGUCAUUCAAGUAUUUUUAUAAAUUGACUAUAAUUUGAAUAAUUCAAUUUAAGAUUAAAAUCAUUUAUAAUAUUUACAAAUUCGCUAUGUAGAUGUACUAGUACCAGAUUUAAUAUUAUUUUUUUAGUAAUUUUUAAAUUUUAUUUCACAAAUAUAAUAUUUAAAAUUAACUGCAGAUAUUAUGAGGUGAAAUGGAAGGCAAGAUCGCCCAUUUGGGUGAUGAGCACGGAACGAGGAUCCUCCUAAACGCGGAACGAAGGCUUCGCUUUCUCUUCCCCUUCGCCUCCCCUAAACGCCGAACGAAGGCUGCGAGUCAGCAAGUGUGCUGUGCGAGUGUGAAGUCUUGUCGCUCUCGUCCGUCCCUUCUCGCUCCCGCUCCUCUGCCUCUCCUUGUCGAAUCUGUGAAUCCCUGAAGGCGUGAAGUCUUCUUGCUGUCUGCCCUGUAUUAGUGGUGUGCUCGAGCUCGACUCCCUCCGUUUCUCUCUUUAUCGCACUCAGGUAUGAUUGACUCUCUUUCUUGCUAUCUGAUUUGUGACACGUAGAGAGCGAACAAAUGUAACCGACUGGAGAGGGAUAGGUGUUUUCACGCAUGGCGGCCAUCACCACACGCGUUAUAAUGCGAGCCCACCUUCUCGCUUUUCGUAUAAUUAGAAGCCAGGCAAGGUCCCUGAUUGGCGUGAGAGAUUGAUGACUCUGCACUCCCCUUCUCUCUUUGUUUCUCCAUUCCCAUAUGUCCUCCUAUCUGAGCCCCUUCAACACGUACCCACCCUUCAUUUACAAGUGUCACUUUCUCCUCCUCCUUCCCCUUACUGUGCCCACUCCUCAUUGGCUCUUUCUCCUACUUCAACACCACCGAUAGUCAUCCCCUUCUUUUAUAACUCUCCUGCUUCAGCCUCAUUUUCUGUCCUCCUCACUAUCAGUUUCUUCACUCAAUUUUCUAUGCGUCGUCUGCUAAAACAAAAUACUCUCAAGCUCAAACAAAGCUAGAUAUCACCAUGGUUAAGACUUUACAUCCUUAUUCCAAUACUGCAAAAACUGCUGAAAUCAUGUCCAGGUAUAGGCCCAUAGCUCCGAAGCCUGAGACUCCCGGGAAUUCCAUGACUGAGGGUUCCUCCCUGUGUCAAAAGAUCAAGCAGUCUCCUUACCUCAGGAACCUGUGGCCGCAGUUGCAGGCACGCCCUACCAGGACCCGGAAGAGAGGCAGAGCUUCUAUACCACUGCCCUCCCUCAAGAGCCAGAAGACCCAUGUUUUCGGCUUUUGCUCGCCUUGCCAUGUAACAUCUCCCGCAAAGAACCUAUGUUUACAGAGUUUUUCUCAUAGCCAUGGCCUACCUCAUCUCCCUCUUCCUCCUCCUAACCAUGGAGUGCUCAACUCCGGCUGGGAAAAGCCUUACAAUGAUACUCCCAGUUUAGUGACACUUCCACUUCUUCCGUGUUCUCCGCCUGAACCUGACAUGGUCAAGGGAAGAGAAGAGAUUAUCGAUUUGAACGCCAUAGCAGAAAUCCCAGAAGAAAAAGAUCUCUUGCAGCAGCUGCAGACACCAACAGUAAGCAUUGUUAUCGCACCUCGGCCAGUUCGCCCCCUUGGGUCUAGCAUAAGCGUGGGGUGCAUCAAUGAAGACCCUAGCCUGCCCCUAACAGCUCGAGCCCCGAAAACGCCAGAGGAGGUCGAGCUAGAGGUUGAGUCUGAGGCCUUGCCUGUUGUUAUAUCAGAUUCAAACAACCAGGUUAGAAUGGCAAAUUCUGCUUACAAGGAGAUGGUGGGUCAACCAGAAUGCCCUUGGCUCGACUCGAUGGUGACCAGUGAUGGAAGACUUCCACGUCGCUCGUGCAAGAGAAUCAGUGGGGAGGUGACACUGCUUUGCGAUUCAAGUAUACCGAUUUCAUCAAGUGGGUUUACAUGCUGGGUGAGAAUCGAAUGGAAAACUAACGAAAAAAUCAGCUCACUUAACGCUUUCUGUGACGUCAUCAGAUUAUCCUGCGAAUCCAGGGACUAUCUCUUAAAAUGGAGGUUUCACACUCGCGGUCCCACCAGAGAAGUGCAGGCAUGGCAAUACAAUCUUAACUCCUUGUGAGCUCAGCAAUCAAGAGCUCAUUCCAUGUGUCAGGAACUCCCGGAAGACACCAAUGGCUGCAAUCCAUGCCAAUUUGAAGAUGCUUUUCUGUGAGUGAAGAAUGCAGAAUUUUUUACCAAUGAAGAAUAUGGAGAAACAGCCACCAAUGCCACGAGUUGAACACCAAGACAUGGCUCCCUCGCCACAGUUUAGCAUCAUCUUCAGAAAUGGAAUUCAGUUUCAGAACCCUCCCCCAUGACUUGUGAGCAAUGUCUACAAGCAGUGCGUUUCUGGAAAGUAUCAACGACACAUUGUGGUCCUACAGAAGAGCACAUGAACUGUUUGUUAUUCAGCAUGAAUAUGCAAGAACUCAACUUCAGAAGGUUGUAGGGGCUGACCGUAUAAUCCAAUCUCAUGCUUGUCUUGUCGAACAUUUUUACAAGAAACUCACUUCAAAAACCUUAUGGAUGCUCUCUCUACCUACUUUUUUCUAGUUCUUCAUUGUGUUAUUGGAUGGUGAACAUAUUUGUUUUUAAUUAUCUUGGUCUUACUCCCUCCUAGUGAGAUAAAGCCUUGUUGUUGUAUUUGGUCUUACACUUAUGCCACAUUAUAUUUUAGUUAUUGCCAUUUUAUCUGGAAAAAGAUUUAGGUAAAAAGGGUUGACUCUCUCUCUCUCACACGCGCGCGCACACACAAGGAGAGUUUCAGUUUUGUCCUGCAUAUUUGCAAAAACUCUAAGGUCCUAUUUGGUGCAGGAAUCAUGAUUUCGUGGGAAGUAUGAAGCCAUCAAAAUUUGUGGACGCUUGUUACGUCAUCAUAAAUGAUAAGGUACAUAACAUAUAUUGAAGAGCACCUUAAAUCCAAUCAUGUAGUUUGUUCAAUGAAAGAUUAUAAGAGAAAGAAAAGCUGA